AACAAACCCGUAUCUAUCCGUGUCUCGAGAGAGUCCAAUCCAUCACUAAAACUAUCGUCUUCUUCCGACAAACAGUGUCUGAGACUCCGAGGAAGAGUGUGAAAGAGAGAUCGAUAGAAAAAAUGGAGAGCAGCGAGGAAGAAGACGACUUACCUUCCAUCGAGAGCAUAACCCCUCAAUCAAAGAUCGAUUCCGUUCACCAGUCUCUCACCGAAAAGGGGAUUAGAAAGCUAUGCUGUGAGCUUUUGGAUCUAAAGGAUGCUGUGGAGAAUAUGUGCGGUGAUAUGCGUACAAAGUACCUCGCUUUCUUGAGAAUAUCUGAAGAAGCAGUGGAGAUGGAGCACGAGUUAGUUGAGCUACGGAAGCACAUAUCAUCCCAGGGGAUUCUCGUGCAUGAUCUGAUGUCUGGACUUGGCCGCGAGAUGGAUGAAUGGAAGCGAUCCUCUGGUGAUGCAGAUGAGUCAGAAGAGGUCGAGGAACCAUCCCCUAGUGAACUAACCGAUCCAAACUCUGAGUUCCUGGAGAAGAUUGACAUUCUUUUAGCUGAACAUAAAGUGGACGAAGCACUAGAGGCAGUAGAUACCGAGGAAAGAAACAAUCCUGAACUCAAAGGAGCAGCUGACACGUCAUCUUACAAGUCUGCUUUUAUAGAAAGAAAGGUUGUUCUCGAGGAUCAGCUUCUCAGGAUCGCUAAACAGCCAUCAGUCAGCGUCACCGAGUUGAAACACACGUUAAACGGGCUGAUCAGAUUAGGAAAAGGCCCAUCAGCCCACCAACUCCUCCUCAAGCAUUACGCCACAAGCCUCCACAGAAGAAUCGAAGCCUUUCUCCCUUCAUGCUCCUCCUGCCCCAACACGUUCCCCGCCACUCUCUCCAAGCUAGUCUUCUCCAACAUCUCCCUCGCCGCAAAAGAAUCAGCAUCCAUGUUCGGCGACGAUGACAACCCUGCCUACUCCAACAAAGUCGUUCAGUGGGCUGAGAGGGAGGUCGAGUACUUGGUCCGUUUGGUUAAAGAGAACGCGGCUCCUUCCGAGACGGUUUACGCGUUGCGUGCGGCCAGUGUGUGUUUGCAAGACUGUCUUAACUACUGCAAAGCGUUGGAGCCGCAGGGGUUGAUUCUGUCUAAGCUGUUCUUGGUGCUGUUCCGGCCUUACGUUGAGGAAGUGCUGGAGCUGAAUUUUAGACGGGCGAGGAAGGUUGUCUUUGACUUGAACGAAGCUGACGAGGGGUUGGAGUCGUCUUCUGACUUUGUGGCGGUGUUAUCUGACUUUGCAAUUGCUUCGGAUACGACGAUGACGGAUUGUAGCAUUCGGUUCAUGCAAAUUGUGCAAGACAUACUUGAGCAGCUAACACAUCUAGCUGUGCUACACUUCGGAGAAAGUGUGUUAGCGAGGGUUCUCCAACUGUACGAUAAGUACAUCGACUUUCUGAUCAAAGCCUUGCCUGGCCAUGCAGACGAAGAUGGUCUUCCAGAGCUUCAAGACCACACCAUUCUCACCAGAGCCGAGACGGAUUCAGAGCAGCUUGCUCUUCUCGGAGCUGCGUUCACAAUACUAGACGAGCUUUUACCAAAAUCGCUUGUUAAAGUCUGGAAACUCGAGGUUGAAAACGGCGGAGGAGAUGGUGGUGAUAGCAGUAGCAGUCCUUCUCUGAUCAGUAGCUCUGCGCCGGAGUUGAAAGAAUGGAAACGACACAUGGUUCAAGCGUUUGAUAAACUCAGAAACUACUUCUGUCUGCAGUUUGUGUUGAGCUUCAUUUACUCUAGGGAAGGGCUGACACGGUUAGAUGCGCUCAUCUACUUAACAGAGACACCAGAUGACUUGCAUCUCCCCUCUCUACCGUUUCAGGCGUUGUUCUCUAAGCUGCAACAGUUGGCCAUCAUUGCUGGGGACGUUCUGCUUGGGAAAGAGAAACUGCAAAAGAUUCUACUAGCGAGACUAACCGAGACGGUUAUAAUCUGGCUAUCAAACGAGCAGGAGUUUUGGAGUGCGUUCGAGGACGAGUCAACUCCACUUCAGCCAUCUGGUUUGCAACAGUUGAUACUGGACAUGAACUUCACAGUGGAGAUAGCGCGGUUCGCUGGUUAUCCAUUUAAAGUGGUGCAGAACCAUGCAUCAGUGGUGAUCAAUAGAGCUAUCAACAUAUUCUCCUCUAGAGGCAUCAACCCACAAAGCUCACUCCCGAAGGCGGAGUGGUUCACGGAAGCGGCCAAGUCAGCUAUCAACAGGCUUCUCAUGGGGUCGGAUGAAGCUUCAGAAGCCGAAGAAGAAUAUGAGUGUGAAGUGGAAGAAGGAGAAGAAGACGGUCACAUAGUCCUCCCUGAGAUGGACGAUGAUGAACACUCAGACUCACUAGAAACUUCAUCGCUGUCUACAAUGGACUCGUUCGAAUCGUUUGCCUCUGCGAGCAUGGCUGACCUCGAGAGUCCCAGCUUCACCGACUCUGAGUCCUGAGACCAGUCUGUCUUAUUUUGUUAUAUUAAUGUAAGAUGUUGUCGGACAUAUUACUUGGUUUAGCAAUAUUAUAUAGUUAUAUCCGGUUAAAGUCGGUUAAGUAAGCAACA